GGGGGGGCGUGUCGGUGCGGUGGCCGGAGCGAUGGAGGCGGUGGAGCUGCGAGUGGGGUUCGUGGGCGCCGGGCGGAUGGCGGGUGGCCUGGCCCGGGGGCUGCUGCGGGCAGGGAAGGUGCCAGCCAGCAACGUCCUGGCCAGCGCUCCCUCGGACAAAAACCUGGAUGCCUGGCAGGAGUCAGGCUGCCGGACCACUCACUGUAACCUGGAGGUGCUGCAGGAGAGCACCCUGGUCUUCCUGGCCACCAAACCCCACAUCCUACCGGGCGUCCUGCAGGAGAUCCGUCCUGCUGUGGGACCCCACCACAUCAUUGUCUCGCUGGCAGCUGGUGUCACCCUCCAGACACUGCAGCGGCUUCUCCCUGCUGGGACCAAGGUGCUGCGGCUCAUGCCCAACCUGCCAUGUGUGGUACAGGCAGGGGCAAUGGUCUUCGCCCGGGGUAGCAGUGCUGGUGACGGGGAAGCUGCCCUGCUGAAGAGCCUGCUGUCAUCCUGUGGGCUCUGUGAGGAGGUCCCUGAAUCCUACAUCAACAUCCACACUGGCCUCAGUGGCAGCGGAGUGGCCUACGUGUACCUGUUUGCCGAAGCCUUGGCUGAAGGAGCAGUAAAGAUGGGCAUGCCAGGUGGCUUAGCCAGUAGGAUCGCAGCUCAGACGCUGCUGGGUGCAGCAAAAAUUAUGCUGGAGACGGGGGAGCACCCGGCAAAGCUGCGAGGAGAUGUCUGCACACCUGGGGGCACCACCAUCCAUGCGCUGCACCAGCUGGAGAAGGGUGCACUGCGAGCCACUGUCAUGAAUGCUGUGGAAGCAGCCACCAACCGGGCACGCGACAUGGCUGAGGACUAGUGCUGAGCCCCUCCAUUCUGUCCCCCAUCGGGCGGGAGGGGUGAUGGCGACCAGACUGAAUCCCUUCAGGGAGCAGGGGACACCCCCAGGAGACCCUGGCUGGGGGUGGGAGAUGGUGUGGACCUGUGUCCAUGCCACAUGCUACCUCUGCAGCACUGGGACCAAAUAAACAUGGGCAGCACAAUGGC